AUGGUGACGGAAGCAGACCUCAAGCCCUGGCUGCGAGCCCCGGUCCGGCAAUACAUCCUUACCAACGCCACCAUUGUGGACGUGACAGACGGCUCUCUCCGUUCCAACGCGGCUAUUCAACUCAAAGACGGCCUCAUCAACGCGAUUCUCGACUCUACAGAUUCCGUUAUCAACACCGCUCGAGAACAAGGCUUCGAGGAAAUCGACUGCACCGGCAAGUUCAUCUGUCCGGGGCUCAUUGACGCCCAUGUCCACCUAGUAGCCGUCCCGGGCUUCGGUGACCUCUCCAAGGCUUUCGGAAACUCGAACGAUGUCUCACUUCUCCGCCAGCCGUACGUUUGCGCGCAAAUGCUGCACAGAGGUUUCACAAGCGUACGAGACUGUGGGGGCGCGCAACAGGCUCUGAAAGAAGCCAUCAACGACGGCGUCUUUCCCGGUCCGAGACUUUUCAUUGCUGGUCAUGCGCUGUCGCAAGCCGGCGGCCACGGAGACAUUCGCGGCGUGCACGACCAUAGCGAGUGUUGCGGCGGCUCCACGAAUGGUCUCGGCAGACUGUGUAAUGGCGUUCCGGAGUGCAUGACCGCCGUUCGCGAGGAGAUCCGCGGCGGAGCGGACUUUAUCAAGAUUAUGGGUUCCGGUGGCGUUUCCACACCCACUGACAGGAUCGACCACCUUCAGUUCACCAAUGCCGAGAUUCAGGCAAUGGUGGAAUGCGCCGAGAAUGCUGGUACGUAUGUUACGGCACAUGCCUACACGGCAAAGGCCAUCAGGCAUUGCAUCGACAACGGAGUGCGGGGUAUUGAGCAUGGAAACUUUGUCGACGCUCCGACGGCGAGGAUCAUGGCGGAGAAAGGGGUAUAUCUCACACCGACGCUCAUCACAUACGCCCAGAUGGCAUCGCCAAAAUGGAAAGGCUAUCUGCCGCCGGAAUCGAUGUCGAAGAAUGAGGAGGUUCUCCACGCGGGGCUCGUCGCUCUCAAAACGGCAUACGACGCAGGCGUCACCAUCUGCUUUGGCACCGAUCUCCUUGGCCCGCUCGGUGCGGCGCAGUCGUUCGAGUUUACUCUACGUGGAAAGGCUCUCCCUUCACUUGCUGUCUUGCAGAGUGCGACCAUCAAUCCUGCCAAGAUGGUGGGCAAAGAACGCUCGUUGGGUCAGAUCAAGGUUGGAUUUGAGGCGGAUAUUGUCGUCACUGACGCCAACCCGGCCGAGAAUGUUUCCAUUCUUGAUGACCCCGAAGCACAUGUUCUUGGAGUGAUCAAGGAGGGGAGGAUUCAUAAGAGUCGCUGGAACGGCAUGAUAGAGGACGCUGCAGUGCCUGUUAGAGUCAAAGCAGCGUUAUGA